UUCACCAAUUAUUAUCUGUUCCUAGGAAGAUGUCAACCUUUACAUUGAAAAAAUUGUCAGUUACAAUGCACGAAUUAUGUUUUGUGUUAUUUUUUAUGUCAGGAUCGUAAGGUUACAAAGCUAUUAUUUAAGAAUAAAAUUGUGCAAUGUAAGUUAAAGUGAUGUCGAUAAAUCCAUUUAAUUAUUAUAUUAUUUCAAAGUUGUAAAAUACCAGUAAAAAAAAUUUCUUUUGAAAUACAGCUUCACAUUGUAGAGUCCCUUUAUAAAUCAUAAAAGCAGUAGCGAAAAUCUACAUCAUGAGAAUUUAGCUUAAAAUUAAUCAAAUAAUAAGCUGAAAAAAACUAGCAAUAGCCCAUUCAUGCUUACAAAAUCAGAUGAAAACAAAGAAAUACAGAUGUAUUUUUGGCAGAAUUUUAUCUUUGUGUAUGUGUUGGUAUAACUGAAAAAAGGAAAGCUUGUUUUGUAAUUUCAGCAAGGAUUCAGAAAAAGUCGACUGGUGCAGUUCCCACUGCCCCCAUUGCUUAGCAGUGCUUCAUGAUAUAUAUACUGAGCAUAAACAUUCAUAGCCUUUCCCAAGGUCUACAAUUUUAUAUGGAAGACGGUUCGAAGAAGGCUAUAUUGGACAGUAUGCAAGAACUUUAUAGCGACACCACUCCCUCUGGUUAAGAUUAAAAUUUCUUGGCUACUGCAUCGACUAUUUUGACGGGAGUGAUUUAAAAUCAAAAUAAGUUUUGCAUACAUUAAAAAAAUGCCAAUCCAUGGCCUUUAAAAUACUUUUACGAAUGAUACUUCCGUUUUCCUAAAAGCAUUAACUAAAAAUUAUUAAAAUUCCAGAUAUUUUUCAGUAUGAAUGUCACUCAGAUUGUGCAAGAGGCUGAAAUAGUCCCUGAAACAUGUGUUACAGAAGAGAAUACUCCUUCCAGCGUGCCUAACAAACAUUUUCAGUGUGAUGUCUGUGGCAAAUCUUUUCAAAGAAAGAUUGCUUUCACCAAACACUGCAAGAUUCAUACCAAUCGUCGAUCUUUCAAAUGUGAUGUUUGCGGUAAAGCGUUCGGUCUAAAAUAUAGCUUAAAUAGACAUAAUCUGGUCCACACGAAAGAGAAACCUUACAAAUGUGAUAUUUGUGGUAAAGCUUUUGGUUAUAAAUUUGCUUAUGAUUAUCAUUAUCUUAUCCACACAAAUGAGAAACCCUAUAAAUGUCAUGUUUGUGAUACACAAUUUCGUGCAAAAGAAAUCUUAAAAGUACAUUAUCGCAUUCAUACUAAAGAGAAACCUUAUGUUUGUGAUGUGUGUGGAAAAUCAUUCAGCACUGGUGAUAAAUUGAAAAUUCACCAUCGUACUCACGCAAAUGAACUUGAUACCAAAAGUACGCUUGAUUGUUACAAAUGUGACAUUUGUGGAAAAUCUUUUCGGAAAGAAAAUAACUUCAAAACACAUUAUAAUCUUCAUGCAAGUGGACAAUCUAAAAAAUCAGUUCAGAAGUGUGUUGUCUGCGAUAAAUUCUUAAUUGGAAAAUCUACCUUAAAAGCUCAUUAUCGCAUUCACACAGGUGAGAAACCCUACACGUGUGAUAUUUGUGGCAAUGCUUUUCGCUUGCGUUCUACAUUAAAGAAACAUUAUCGUGUUCACACCAAUGUGAAGCCUUAUGUGUGUGAUAUUUGUGGUAAAGCAUUUAGUCGUAAAAUUACUUACGAUUAUCAUUAUCUUAUUAUCCACACAGAUGAGAAACCCUAUAAAUGUGAUGUUUGUGGUAAACAGUUUCGUGGAAAAAACACCUUAAAAAUACAUUAUCGCAUUCAUACUAAUGAGAAACCUUAUGUUUGUAAUGUGUGUGGAGAAUCUUUCCCCUGCAACAAAAAAUUGAAAAGGCAUUAUCGUACUCACGCAAAUAAACCUAAUUCCACGAGUAAGCUUGAACCUAAUUCCACGAGUAAACUUGAACCUAAUUUCACGAGUAAGCUUGAACCUAAUUCCACGAGUAAACUUGAACCUAAUUUCACGAGUAAGCUUGAUUCUUUCAAGUGUAACAUUUGUGGAAUAUCUAUUCAGGAAGAGAGUGAUUUUACAACACAUUAUCAUCUUCAUUCCAAUGGACAAAAUAGAUAUUCUCCCUACGAGUGUGUUUUCUGUGAUAAAUUCUUUAAUAGAAAAUGUAUCUUAGAAGUUCAUUAUCGUAUUCACACAGGUGAGGAACCCUACACGUGUGAUGUGUGUGGCAGGGCUUUUCGAACAAAAGGUAUAUUAAGUAGACAUUAUCGUAUUCACAACAAUUAGAAGUCUUAUGUAUGUGUGGCGAAUCUUUCGCUCUCCGUACUAAACAGAAAAUACAUUAUUGUAUUCAUUCAAAGGAGAGUGCUUUUAAAUAUAGUUAGUGUAAUUAGCUCUUUUUAUGUAAACAAAACAGACAUUCAUUCACACAUAGAAAAGAAAACUUUUGCAUGUGAUGUGUGGCAAGACAUUUUCUCUAGCUGCCAAAUUAACACAGCAUUAUAGUCGUCACAAUAAAAACUUUUUAUGUGACGUUUAUGGUGAGGUAUUUUCACGAGAACCCUUCUUAAUUCAGCAUUAUUGUGGCCACACAAAAAGAAAAACCUUUUGAAUGCAAUGUUUGUAAUAAAGUAUUUUCUUGAAAAUGUAUUUUAAUUUGACAUCAACUGACUCAUACGAAUGAAAAGCCAUCUAAAUGCGAACAUAUGGUAAAUAAUUUUCUCACUAUUCUUGUUUAUACCACCAUCUUCGUGUUUAUACGAAUGAAAAACCUUUUAUGUGUAACAUAUAUGCUAAAGCCUUUCUUGACAAGCCCAGGUUAAUGAAACGUUAUAGUAAUCACUCGAAUGACAAAUGUUUUAUAAUGAAGUAUUUUCUAGUACAGUAGACUCCCGAUUAUCCGCGGGCGGCUUAUCCGCGUCUGCCGCACAAAGUUUUUUUUUUUUUUUUUGAUUUUAAGCAAAGAGAAAAUGCUUCCAAAGUAAGAAGCAAACACAAAUGACUGAUUUCUUCAAAAAGGUGUAGUUUUACAGUUAUGCUUUUGUAAUUACAUAAUACAUACAGUAUUAAAACAGUACAUAUGUAUUAAUUUUUCUGUGUAUCCUUGAUGCCUCUCGUAAGUACAAAGCACUUUUCUGUUUUCAUUAACAAAAUGCAUUUUAUGUUAGUUUUGAGUGAUAUACUAAAAUAUUAAGCGUUAGUUAAACAUUUCCUGCUGUUUAUUUUACGUUUUAUUGUACAUAAAACGUUUUUUCAAAGUUGGAAUGACUGUUUUCUCUUUUGCUAUACCCGUUUUUAGCUUUUUUCGGAUUAUCCGCGAUUUUUGUUAUCCGCGGAGGCCGCGCCACCCAAUUCCGUGGAUAAUCGGGAGUGUACUGUAAAUAUCGUUUGGUUCAACGUAAGUCAUACAAAUGGAAAGUGUGUGUUAAAGAGUUUACCCAAAAUUCAAACUUAAAUCACCAUCUUCGUAUCCAUGGAAAUGAAAUACCUGUUUCUUGUGAUGCUUGUGGCAAGGUAUUUACGGCUCAAUAUCAUUUAGAUGGACAUAAAUGUAGGUACUAUUAAACAUCAAAAAGUUGAUGCUUAUGAUGAAGCAGUUUCUUAAAAAUGUUUUUAACUUAACAUAUAUUAAUUUGGGGGGGGGGUAUCUUUUUUUCCCCUCUCUUUUUCACUGCUCCAUAAAUACUUUAAGUCGUUAAAUGCCGGGAGGGGGGGGCGGAUCACCGAUAACCGGCGUUUUUCCAUGGUUGUGGCUCUUUAGGAACCAUCGAUGACCGGCGCGACAAGAUUUAUAGAAAUGCAUAACUUAAUCAAAUGUUAAUAUAAAAUUUUCAUUAUUACUAUUCUUUACUGCAUUAGCUUGAAAAAAUUAAUGCAGUAUAAAACAUAAUAAUAUCUUUAUUUAUACUUAAAGAAUGAGCCGAUUACUCGCGCUCCUUGCGAUGUGUCAUAUUGAAGCAGUUCAAAGAAAAAGUCAGCCAAAACAGACUUUACAAUAUGUCAUUUCUUUUCCAGUACAGUUUUUUGCAAUUGUGCUCCUUAGUGGUUUUGAUUUUUUUCAAAACACAUUUUGCAGACUCAUGGUACGUUUCCCAUUAUUUCUUUUAAUUCGUGCUGUGGUUUUCUCUGCAUGCUUUUACGUGGAAAAUGGCAAACCUCAGUUUCAGUAUCAUAACAUUUUGUUAACAUGUAGAAGCCCUCCGUGACCGGCAAUCAGCUAUGGUGCAGUGGAUAUCAUGGUGACUCCCAUUAAAUAAAUUCAUAAAGCUUGAUUAUGCACUAUAACAUAUCUGUUAUUGAUAAUGUUUCAAUAUUAUGCGAUCUCAUUAUAAACACCUCAUCACGAUGCCAGAACAAACUCUGUAAAAAAUCGCUCUCAUUCAACGAAUUAAUUGUAAUCAGUCAAUUCUAUGAGUUAAUUCUAAUCAGCCAAUUCUAUGAGUUAAUUCUAAUUAGUCAAUUCUAUGAGUUAAUUCUAAUCAGUCAAUUCUACAAGUUAAUUCUACAAGUUAAUUCUAAUCAGUCAAUUCUUGCUUUUAUUCAGUAAUGUGAAUUAAAGUUGUUAAUUAGUGUUGCACAUUCUUUUUGUUGUAUUAUUUAAUCUUAUCUAUAUGUGCUUUAUCCAGACAGGCAUGUGUGAAAAAUGUAUUUAUUUAAUCUAUUUCGAUUUCUUGUUCUACUUCAAUUAUUGUGGAUUAAUAGACUCUAAUCAUUGAUGUUAUAAUUUAAGAAAUUUUUGAAUGCUUUCUGUUGUUUUUUUUUUUUUUAGUAGUAAAUUUUCAGAAUUGGACAUGACAAGAAAGAUAACAUGUGCUUCCAAUGUUUUCGAUUUUCUUUACUUUUUGAGUGAAAUGAUGCGUUUUUAGAUGUUUUAACCUGCAGAGAAACAAAUUAUGGAAUAAAAAGUUUUGCUCCUGUA